UCUUGACGUUUCUCGCAAUGAAAAACGAAACUAAAUUAACAAAUUAAAGAUGCAUAUAACGUGCAAUCAGUGGUGAUCAUUCUAUUAUUGCAGCUUCUGUGGGCUGUUCUCGACUGAUCGAGUGUUAUAAUCUAACCUAAUUUUACUUUCAUGCUGCUCUGCAAGCAUAAACUGUUUCAAAAUGAUGCAACAAUAUAUGAAGGAAUUGGAGCAGGAUCCAUUUGACCCUGAAGAAUUUGUUGAAAGAUUGGCUUGGAGAACUGUCAAUGAUAAUACGAAAGAUGGAGGAAAGACAUUUUUUGAUCCAGUUAUCGUUCAUGAGACUUUUUUGCAAGCAAUUAAAGACUUACAAAUACUACAGGAACGUCAACAAAAGAAAUGCGAUAAAUUAGAGAUUGCACUGAAAGAAGAAGAAGCUCGACAUACACUUGAAAUAUCAGCAUUGCUGGAGAGAAAUCAACAUUCUACCGAGUUAUUUCGUCAUUUAGAUGGAAGAAUAAAUCUUGUGGCUACUAAAGUCUUGCAUCUAGGAGAUCAGUUGGAAAGUGUCAAUACACCAAGGGCAAGAGCAGUUGAGGCUGAAAAAUUAAUGAAGCACUUUUCAGAAUUUUUAAGUCCUGGUCCAUUAACGGAUUCAAUUUUCACAGAUAAAUCCUUGUUGAAUGAUGCUGCGGAUGUGAUACAAAAACUCUAUCUCAUAGCCCAGGAACUUCCCUCUGAAAAAUUUGAACACGCCAAGAAGAAAAUUGGUGUGAAAUAUGACGAAAUAGAACGGAAUUUGAUCGAAGAAUUUGUAAGAGCACACAACAGGGAAGAUGCCCCACGUAUGAGGGAAUUGGCGAGCACUCUGGCAAAUUUCAAGGGUUACUCCCAAGCUAUAGAUGCAUUUAUUGAGCAAAGCCAGAUGGGUUCGUUCGGUGGAAAAGACGUCUUUCAAGACGUCAUACCUAUGUGUACAAAGUAUCAUAAACUUAUGCAACAGGUGUUCUCUAAUCCUGAGCAAGUGAUGGCCAAGUUUGUUUUGAACAUAUACCAUUUACGCCUUCAAAAAUAUGCGGUGGCUAAAUUAGCUGACAAAAAUGAUUCCGAAAAGUAUCUUAGAAAUCUAUACGAUCUGUAUACAAGGACGAUUAAGUUAUCCAACGAUCUAAAGGUCUUCAAUAUGGGCGCUGAUGAAACUUAUCUUGCCAAACUUACUAGAAACAUCUUUCAAAAAUAUUUAGAUACUUACAUUAGUAUCGAAAUGAAGGCAUUUCGAGAAAAGUCAGCAACGUUGCUUAUAGAGUACUACGAAUCCAAAAAUCAUCAGAAGAAACAAUUACAAAUGGGUGGCUUUCAAGAACUACGUAGAGACUUGCAGGCUGUAUUAGGUGGAAGAACGAAUAUAAAUAUUGCUCAAAUAGAAGAUUACGGAGGCGAGACAUUUUUAUCGGAAGAACUAGCAAUCGCGAUACUACAAAGGAGCAAACUCGCGUUUCAACGAUGUCAAUUACUUUCGCAGUCUGUUGACGUACCUAUAAAUACACUGCAGAUCUUGGAAAUAUUAUUACAAUAUUUAAUAAGCGAGCAUGUAGACUACGCGUUAGAAUUGGGCUUACAAAGCGUACCUAUACCAGAGAGCAGAACUCAACCAGAAAUUUAUUUCUUUAACGUAAUGCAUCAGUGUAAUGCCAUUGUUCGACUUUUGGAGGAACGAUUCAAUGACAGUGUGUUGCCUCUUGUUAUUUCGACACCCAAACACGCCGAUUGUUUGCUGAAGAAAAAAGCAGUAUUAGAGCAAAUAGAUGUCAAGUUAGAUACCGGCUUAGAGAGAAGCAUAAACGCUAUUGUAGGUUGGGUAAAGGUAUAUUUACAAAGCGAACAAAAAAAGACUGAUUUUAAGCCGGAAAGCGAUGUGGAUACAGUAAGUACUCCAGCCUGUUUAGUAGUGGUACAGUAUGUGAGCGGUAUGAUACAGCUGAUACGAAAUACCUUGGACGGAAGGCAUUUAGACACCGCUCUCAAGGAAUUAGGAAUUAGAUUCCGCAAAAUAAUUUAUGAUCAUUUACAACAAUUCCAAUUUAAUUCCGCUGGUGCUAUGUGUGCGAUAUGUGACAUGAAUGAAUAUCGCAAGUGCAUUAAAGAGCUCAACGUUGAAUUUGUUACGAAUCUCUUUGAUACUUUAUACGCUUUGUGCAAUUUGCUGGUGGUUAAACCGGAAAAUCUGAAACAAGUUUGCACAGGAGAGCAGUUGAUGACGCUUGAUCGUACCGUUCUACUUAAUUUUAUUCAAUUAAGGACUGAUUACAAAACACAGAAGUUAGCCAAUUGUUUAAAAGGUAUAACGACUUAAUGACACACUCUGCUUAAAUAAAAAUCGAAAAAUACUUCAUACUCAGCCUACUUCUUCAUGAUCAAUAAUUGAACUAGCUACCAAAUAUAU